GCCGAGGGGCGUGUUUGCUCGAGAGAAGUACUGUCGUUGUGUUCUGUCCUGGGUGGGUCCUGCUCGGUUGCUCCCGUCCUUGGCAUGCGUGGUUAGGAGGACUGGAACAUUACGAAUAAUCCCCAAAGGAACAUACGUGUUAACUUCCCUGAGAAUUAUUUAUUAUCGUUCAUUAACAGUUAUAUGUCACGUCACCUUUCUGCCCGUGCACACUCGAGAAGGCGGAGGUGAGGGAAAGUGUAACUCCAGCGGUGCGAUCUUAAGCAUGUUUAUUGUCAAUUUAGAAUGUUUUAUACUGCUUUUAAACGACAACAAGAAACUUCUCAAAGUGAUUUACAGAGAACAAGGACUGAAUAGAUCACGGUUCCUUCCUUCCCACCCCCAAAGGGCUCACAAUCUUAACAAGAAGCACAAGUGAGGCACAUAGAGAAGGGCGCUACGCUCGGAUGAAUCCAGGGACGCCGUUAUUUUUCCUCUUUGUCUUCCCCUGCAUAUAUGACAGCCGCGACUUUAAAAGUUGUCUCUUUGCUCCGAUAACUGGUGCUCUCUUGCUACUCAGAAGAAGUAGGGUGUGUGGAAGACCGCACUCCACGAACCAAGGCCCAUGCCAUUUUGAGAAGAUAUUAAACCAGAUCUUUGCAGUGUUUUCUUUACCGUUGACCUCGCCUGUGUGUACCGCACUCUAGUCUAACCUUUCAAGAUAUGCGAGGAAAAGCACAACUGCGCGCACAUCUAACCAGUUUAAAUUGAAGAGAAAGAAAAGCAACCAAUAAUAUGCUAUUCCCACUCCAUAAUCAUCUUCCGCCUUAGCAAUGGGACCACUUUAUAGCGCUGUUGCUGGGAGCUGGCUUUGACUUUUCCCCAGACACCAUUUAAUAGAAGCACUAUAGAAACUGCAAAACUAGUUUUGGCCACAGACCAUUGCCAAGAAUUAAAAAUAAACGACACCAAACUAAACUGAACAUAUUUGUACCGGGGGAAAUAACAACUCGAAAAUACCGCUUUCCACUCUUAAAACCUAUAGCCUAUACUGGACGCGGAGGAAGGGGAAUUGAGCCAUUGGUUCCUCCCUGAUUCCCAGAAAGCCGUAGUUUUUCACUUUCAUUUUCGUUCAACUAGCUUAGGAGCUUCCGCAAGGUUUUUGGGUUUUUUUGGUGGGCUGAGACGAGGAUCCGCCGCAGUGGUGUCUUAACUCAUAAAGUCCUGGAUGUGGGAAAAGUUGAUGCUGGAGCACUGAAUUCAGGAGCAGAAUGAGUGCUUCAGAGGGCCUUCCUGAGAUCGACGAGGGAUUGUACUCUCGGCAACUCUAUGUGCUGGGCCGUGAAGCCAUGCAGAAGAUGGCUACAGUUGCUGUGCUAGUCUCUGGAAUGAAGGGGCUGGGAGUGGAGAUUGCCAAGAAUAUUAUUCUUGCAGGAGUGAGAUCUGUCACUGUCCAUGACCAGAAUGAUGCUGAGUGGAGUGACUUGUCUUCACAGUUCUACCUGUCAAAGAAUGAUGUGGGGGAAAACCGAGCCAUGGUCUCCCAGCACCAUCUUGCAGGGUUGAACAGCUAUGUCCCUGUGUUAGCCUGUACUGAAGAGCUGUCUGAGAACUUCCUGUCUGACUUCCAGGUUGUGGUGCUGACCAAUUCGCCCUUGGAGGAGCAGCUACAUAUCAGUGAUUUCUGCCACGCCAACAACAUUUGCUUUGUCCUAGCUGAUACAAAGGGCUUGACUGGGCAGCUCUUCUGUGACUUUGGAGAACACUUUAUGGUAUAUGAUCCUUCAGAGGAUGAACCUCUCUCUGCCACCAUUCACGAUAUCACCCAGGGUAGCCCUGGCAUCUUGACAGUGGCCUGUGAUGAUGUGCAUGUGCAAGGCCACCACUUCCAGAAUGGUGACUUGGUGACAUUCUCAGAGGUUGAAGGAAUGACUGAACUGAAUGGUUGUAAGCCCCGCCCAAUCCAUGUGAGAGAUCAAUACAGUCUGGAGAUUGGAGACACGUCUUCUUUUUCUCCACACAAGCGUGGUGGGAUCAUCACCCAAGUCAAGAUGCCUCAAGAGCACUCCUUUAGGUCCUUGCGUGCCUCCAUGGAGAAUCCCAAGAUCAGCACCCCAGAUAAGGGGAUACUGCCACACUAUCAUACUCUCCACUUGGCCUUCUGGGCUCUGCAUGUCUUCAAGAGUGAAAUGUUGCGGCUACCUAGACCCAGGAAUCAGGCAGAUGCAGACAAGAUGGUAGAGUUGGCACAGAAACUUCUACCUAUGGGUCAGGAGCCACUGGAUGAGGAUCUGGUACGAACAUUUGCGUAUGGAUGUACAGGUGACCUGAGCCCUGUCAAUGCCUUCAUUGGAGCCUUAGCUGCCCAAGAAGUGCUGAAGGCUGCCUCAGGAAAAUUCACCCCUCUGGAUCAGUGGCUGUACUUUGAUGCCCAUGAAUGUCUGCCUGAGAAGGAGCUUGUUGUGCAGCUGACUGAGGAAGACUGUGCUCCACUUGACAGCCGCUAUGAUGGGCAAAUUGCCAUCUUUGGGACUGACUUCCAGGAACGACUUGGCAGGCAGAAAUACUUUGUGGCAGGAGCAGGUGCCAUUGGCUGUGAGCUCUUGAAGAAUUUUGCAAUGAUUGGCCUGGCUGCUGGUGAGGGUGGGAACAUCACUGUGACAGACAUGGACAGCAUCGAAUAUUCCAACCUCAACAGGCAGUUCCUCUUUCGACCACAGGAUAUGUCUAAGCAGAAGUCAGAAGUGGCUGCAGCUGCCAUAAAACUCAUGAACCCCAAUGUCAACGUGACAGCUCACCAGAAUCAGGUUGGGCGAGACUCAGAAUGCCUCUAUGGGGAUGACUUCUUUCUUGGUUUGGAUGGUGUUGCCAGUGCCCUGGACAGCUUGAAAGCUAGAGAGUAUGUGGGUGAGCGAUGCGUGCAGUACCUCAAGCCUCUGCUUGAUUCUGGAACGGCAGGCACCAAGGGGCAUGCGCAGGUCUUUGUGCCCUUUGUGACAGAGCCGUAUGGCCACUCUCAGGACCUGGAGGAGAGAGAAUAUGCCCUCUGCACACUGCGCCACUUCCCCAGCACUAUCCAGCACACACUCCAGUGGGCCCAAGAUCAGUUUGAGGGUCUUUUCAAGGCCACACCAGAGAGCAUCAACCAGUUUUUAAAGGACCCCAGCUUUCUUGAGACCCAAGAAGUGGAGGCUCUGGAGCAAGUGCAGAUCAGCCUUCAGAAGAAGCCACACGGUUGGGGGCACUGUGUGACCUGGGCCCGGAGACUUUGGGAGCGCCUUUUCUCCCAUGAUAUCCAACAACUGCUGUACAACUUCCCACCUGGACAUAAGACAAGCUCUGGACUCCCUUUCUGGUCAGGGCUCAAGCGAUGCCCACAGCGGCUGAUGUUUGACUGCAAUAAUACUGCCCACAUGACCUUCAUAUUGGCUGCCAGCCGCCUCUUUGCCCAGAUACAUAGCCUGAAUGCAAGCGAGGACAAUGCUGUCACUUGCCAGCUCCUCCUUGACCUGCACCUACCACCUUUCCAUCCACGUCAUGGAGUUCAUAUCCCCAUCACUGACCAAGAGAUGCAAACAUCCCUGGGCACUGUGGAUCAGAUGAGACUAGCAGAGCUGAACCAGGAAUUGGCAGCAUUAAAGCAAGAGCUGGAAGAGCGAGGUGUACUCCUGUCCAAUCUUAUGGAGCCCAUUCACUUUGAGAAGGAUGAUGACUCUCACUUGGACUUCAUCGUGGCUGCAGCCAACUUGCGGGCUGAGAACUAUGGCAUCCCUCCUGUGGAUCGGCUCCAGGCUAAGAGGAUUGUGGGCAAGAUUGUGCCUGCCAUUGCCACGACAACAGCCGCUGUGGCUGGCCUGGUGUGCCUGGAGCUUUACAAGCUGGUGUGGGGACACAGGUGUCUCCACUCCUAUUGCAGCAGCUUCCUGCAGCUCUCAGAGCCUCGGCUCAAUCGCUUCCAGCCGCUGUCACCGCUGCCAGCAUACAAGUAUCACCAGAUGACAUGGAGCUGCUGGGAUAGAAUAGAAGUGCCAGGUGUUGAUGCCAAGGGAGAGGAGAUGACCUUGAGGGACCUCUGUAAUUACCUCCAGAAGGAGCACAGCCUGGUGCCACGGAUUCUGUUGUAUGGAAAAGCUUUUUUCUAUGCUGGCUUCUGGGAUGAAAAGAAAAGAGAGCAGAAGCUUUCCAGCAGCCUGACAGGACUGCUUCACCAAGUCACUGGGCAGACAGUAGCCAAGGACUGCCAGCUGUUGGUGUUGGCCAUGGUCUGUGAAGAUGAAGAGGAGGACAGUGAUUUACCACCUGUUCAUGUCUGGCUUCAACCGAAGAAUAGUAAAAAAUGAGCUGAGUGUGUAUAGACACGCUCACAAUGCAUGUGGCUGAGCCUAAUUUCAUUUAACUCAGAAAAGUAAUAUGUCAUCUCCAAUGACUGUCACUUAUCUCCCUCAAGGUCUUGUCUUACGUAGUCAUAAGUGGUAAAGAAUGCUUAGGAACGAGCUCAUUCUAGAAGUGUCUUGAAAAGCUCUCUGGGUCUAACAUUUGAUUCCCUUUCCCGUAUACCACAUCACUUCUGUUUGGAAUUUGGCAGCACUAAAGCCGUAAUAGGUGGACAAACCUGCUUUGUUUGUAAGUUAACAUAAGAACAGCCCUGCUGGAUCAGGCCACCUAAUCCAACAUCCUACUUCAUGCAGUGGCCAGUCAGGUACAGUGGUCAGUCAGGGAAGCCCACAAGUGAGGGAAAGAGGGCAACCAGCCCCUCCUGUUAGUGGUCCCUUGCUCCUGGGUUAGGGACGUGCCCCCACUGAUCCUGAUGGGAAUAUACAGCUCUCAGGGCUAAUAGCCACUGAUAGCCCCAUCUUCCAUGAAUAUGUCUAGUUCCUUUUUAAAACCAUCACCAUAUCUGGCGGCAGCAAAUUCCAAAUUUUAACUACACAUUGUGUAAAGAAGUACUUCCUUUUGUCUGUCCUGAAUCUUCCAGCAUCUAGCUUCACUGGAUGACCUCAAGGUUCUAAUAUGAGAGGGGGAGAAAAACCACUCUAUCCACAUUAUGCAUCAGGGGCAUAGCUAUAUUAGUCAAAGGAGGACAAAUGUUCCUGGGCCCCUGAGGGAGGGAGGCCCAUUGGUUGGGUGACGCUUGCUCUUUGCUCUUCCCCUUGCACCUCUGAAGAAGCUGUGGGGGGGCAGGGGCCCAUCUUCACUUUUUGUCCCGGGGGACCCACUCCAGCCUUGGUGUGCCCCCACUGUGCAUAUAGUUCUAUCAUGUCCCCCACUUACCCACCUUCUUUCUAAACUAAAAGGGCUAAAACAUUUGGAAAGAUGGCAGGGGGUGGGGUGAGGGGAUGACAUGAUAGAGGCGUAUAAAAUUAGACAUGGUGUUGAUAAAGUGAUCUUUUUAUUCCUCAUUAGAACCCGAGGUCAUCCAUUGAAGUUGCAGUAAAAUCCAUAGAAAAUGGCUAAUGUUGGUGUUCUCUUGUGGGGCCAGGAGCCAAGAGAGACAGAGCUCAGUGGUAGAGCAAAUGUCCUGGGUGCAUAAGCUCCCAUUCCCCAGCCUUUCCAGUUAAAAGGAUCCCUGGCAGUGAUGCUGGGAGGGGUCUCUGCAUGAUACUCAGAGCUGCUGCUGGUCAGAGUAGAUACUAUUGUUCUAGAGGGACAAUUGGUCUGCCUUUGAUGAAGUCAGCUUCAUAUGCUCAUGGUAUUGUGGACAACAGUGAUGGGAAGGUGGCACUUGGGACAUAUUCUGUAAUGCUUGAGGAGGACUGCUGGAUAUUGUUAGAGUUGGACAUGGGUGCCGUUAGGCAUGGACCAGGGGGUCAAGGUCUGCAUGCCCACUCUCUUAGAGGGUCCCAUGAUUUUCCUCAAAGGAAAAGAAGGCCCCUUUUAUAUUUCUGGAAUGGCUUGGCCUAGAGGUCUGAAAUUUGGUACAAAUGUAGGACAGGUUAUCAGGGCUCUGUAUUGAUUCUGAAGCAGAUCAGUUAAUCUGUUGGUUUUUAAUGAUUUUUGCGGGGGGGGGGGGGGGUAAAAACCUUAUUAAAAGUCCUGCAAGUGGCUUGUUUCAUGGCAGAAAAUUACAAAAACUUCUGGAAUUGAAUCUCAGCCUUGGUCCAUUAUUCCACCUCCAUGUGGAGGAAUCUGCCCAUUGCCUUCAUUUUAAAAGGGUCAACAUAAUCCCUCUUAUCACCCUCUUUUAUAUUUCUGGUAUGACUUGGCUUAGAGUUCUGAAAAUGGGCUCAAAUAUAGGACAGAUUAGUAGGACGCUGUGUAUUGAUUUUGAAGUGGAUCGGGCAACCUGUUGAUUUGUAAUGAUUUUUGAAUUAAUUUCAAAAAAUCCUAUUCCACCCCCAUGUGAAAGAAUCUGCAAUUUGCCUUCAUAAAAACAGUGCAACACCCCCUUCCCACUUUUGCUCAACCCUCUAUAUUUUCAGAAUGACUUGGCUUAAGAGUUCUGAAAUUGGGCAUACAUGUAGUCCAAGAUGGACUACAUUGGUCCAUCUUGGGGAAUUGGUCAAUCCUGUGAUUUUUUAAUUUUUUUUUCCUCACUGCAGUAAAACUGCCAGAAAGAGCUAUCUCUAUCCAUAGAGUACUUCAUAUCUAGUGAAAGUGGGACUAACUGUUACAUCUGAAUAAAUGAACUAUAUCAUCUAUCUAUCUGUCUGUCUAUCUACACACACACACAAUGCUCAAAUUAGUUUGUGAUCCAAAAGGUCUGCAUGGGAACUGUGAAGCAAGGGGCAUAUGUUGUGGUUUUAAUCCCCACCCCCCACCUGCCUUAUGACUGCAUUAUAUGUUCAAGUUGGUUUUGAGUUUGAACUAUGGAGCAAAGGACACAUGUUGUGUCCCAGUUAGUUUGUAAAUCGUCCUAGCUGUGUGAAUCCACAGGGGCUAUUGUUUGUUUUGGGGUUUUUUUGAGGCCCAGAUCUGUGGGUUUGUGGUGAAUGAUCAAGAUGAUGUAUGGAUCUUUUGGGGGUUGUGUAGUCCUUUUUUUCUCCAUAUGCUCUCUGGCCCAGAUCUGUGGGUUUGUGGUAAAAUGUGUAUAUAUACAGAAAGAAUGCUUAUUUUGCAGAGGGUCCCCCAUAAGCUCAUUAAGUCCAGGGUCCAAAAUUACCUAGUUGCACCUCUGGAGCUGGAUGUAAGAUGUGGGUUUAAAUACCUGCUUUGCCAUCCCAUCACUCACUGAAGUGAUGACUUUGUUCAAGUCAUUUCCUCUUCAGUUGCAGCUCUCUGCCAGUAAAACAAGGAUGCUGUGAGGGUGAAUGAGAAAGGGAGGUUGUAAAGCACUCUGGCAGGCAUGCUAAAAGUGUUGUGUAGAACUUGUAAUAAACAUAUUGGAUUGCCCCUUGUACUGUAUAUCAUUCUUUCAGGACUAUCCAGCUGUAAUUAAUAAAAAGACCUUGUCUGACAA